UCAGUUUUCUGUUGCCGCAGAACGGGCGUGUUGGAAAAUAGCUUAGUGCUGCUAUAUUAACUAUAUUAGAAAUACUUUAAGUCAAGUAUACAAAUAAUUUACCUCAAACUUAUUGUGAGACAAGGAAAAUGGCAGCAGAAGGUGGUAAUCCAGGUGGUCUGGCGCCAGCAGAGCCCCAGACAGGUCCGGAUGGAGAGAUUAUUGGAGGACCUCGUACACCUCAGCAGAUUGCUGCUCAGAGGAGGCUUCAGCAGACACAAGCACAAGUUGAUGAGGUGGUGGAUAUUAUGAAGUCGAAUGUAGAUAAAGUUUUGGACAGGGAUGCGAAGUUGUCAGAAUUGGACUACAGGGCAGAUGCUCUUCAAGAAGGGGCAUCGCAGUUUGAGAGACAAGCUAAGAGUCUGAAAAACAAAUUUUGGUUACAGAAUCUAAAGAUGAUAAUAAUAAUGGGUGUGAUUGGUGUUAUAAUCAUAGGGCUACUGUUCGUUCGAUACCGAGGUACUGGUUCGUCUUCGGAGGUAACUCCGACGGCCCCGGCUGUCGUGGAUGCCAAUAAUACUGUCGCAGCUGGCACUAAACACUGAAAGUACAUGUAAUGACUUAUUCAUCGCAUCUUUUGGGUUCCACUUCAAAUGGGAAGCAGUCAUCAAUGCAAUUAUUAUUUAAAAAAAUAUGAUUAUAUAUGCGUUAACCAAGGAAAGGUCUAUUAAAAUUUGAUGUAAAAAUGAUAAGAAUGUAUGUUUGAUAAACAUUUUAAAAGGAAUGUAUCACAAUUUUAUUCCAGGAGUGCUCUAUAAACAACGAUUACAAACAGUUGCUAAUGCUGUAAUAUCUUAACUAGUUUUGAAGAGUCUGUCAAAAUUUUGACUGUCAUUUGCAAUUAAAAACGUGCGAAGUAGAUUGAAGCUAUAAUUUGUUUAUCAUACUGUAGAAAAUUUGUCUAAAUAUAUCUUCUUUGAGAACACAGAACCGAAACAAAACGGAUUCGUAUUUACUUUAUACAACAACAAAAAAAAAACACGCAUACAAGAAGCCAGAUAGAAUUUAAAAACUUAAACGAUAAUGUGAUGAAAACGAUCUUCCAAAUGUAGUGGAAUCUGUGCGAUACAAUAUUGUAGACGUUGUAACUAUUAAUGAUAUAAAGAAUACAGGUUCGUAUAUAAAACCUGAAAUUGUUUUGUGUAGCUUUAUCUACCCUUAUAAUGUACUCAAAUUUUUAAUAGUUAAACACCAAAAUUAACAGCGAAGGUAAAUUAUAAUUAAGUAGUACCACACCCAGGUGUUAUUGAAAAUAGACAUAGGGAAAUAUCUGAAAGCCAUGUUACCGGAAAAUGUGAUUUUGUUUGCUUAGAAAAAAGUUAAGUGGAAGGAGAGAGAAAUUUAUCCAGUUAAACAACUUUUAAGGUAUAAUGGUUGUAGAACUCAAAUUUCUGAUUACAAUUUAUAUUUCUCGAUAAAUUGAAACGUUAAGGCCUAAGCGCAACUUGGAUGUUCCUUUACAAUUAGUAUAUUAAGCACAGUCUUUUAUUUCCUUACAAACUCUAUAGUGCUCUUAACACAAUAAAGCAUGAGGAUUGAACAACUUUGUGAAUUGUUUAAGUGAGUAAUUUAAAUGAAAUGAAAUAUACCCAGGCCUUAAGGAAUGUUUAUGAAAUUGUAUCUCAAACUUAGACGGAAUGUUGCUAAAAUUGUAACUGAUAUUUCAUACCUGGGUGGGGUAAAUGCCCCAAUGAAGGCAAGGUUUAAUUAUCAAAACAAGAAACUUACGUCUCCUGUUGAAGGUUUUAGUGCAUUGAUUUAAAAAUUAGUGCUUUUAUUGUAGUAGGUGUUGAAAUAUAUUUAAAUGUAAGAACAAUUUUUGGCGGAAACUUAUUUUGUAUUCAGAGUUUAAAAGCUGUCAUACUUUUAGCGUCUUAACAAGUCAAUUGCAACUGUGCAAAAAAUUUAUGAUUUUGCUAAAAUAUAGUCAAUUAUCUAUAAUAAUAUAUGGAAUAUAUCUUCGAUCUUAAUAGGUGCUUACGUAUCUACAAAAUAAAAUGUCUUAGUAUUUUUUUAGGUUUUACAAAUAACAGAAGUGAAUGAAAUAACUUUACAGUUUGCUGUCAUCUGAAUUUUACCUAUUUACAGUAAAAUUUAAAAGAUCGAGUAAAACGAAUGAUUUUUUCUUAACAAAACUCACUGUAUUACUUUCUGUUUUGGUAACAUGAAAUGUCUCGGUUACAAAAAUGCUUGAAAAAUUUGUCGCAACAUUUCAAUACUUAACAAAAAAACAUUUUCUGAUACUAUUUCGUACAUAUGAACCGUAAACCGUAAAGUUUUAAGGAUCUCGAAUAUUUUAUUGACUAAGAAUACAAAUUGGUGCCAUUGACAAUAUUAGUUUGUUAUUUAAAACGUGUGUGAUACUUGAUAAUUAUUCGAAUUUCAAGGGUCGAAACAUUUAAAAUGUGCGUUCUCAAAGCUGGCAUUCUGUAAAUGAACGUUCAUGAUUACCUUAAACCAAACUUUCGUUCUAUUUGUUGUCACUCAAAGGUAAAAUAAAAUAAAAA